AUGAUAUUUCAUCCUUUUCAUUUAGUAGAAAAAAGACCAUGACCUUUAUCAAGAUCAAUUGCAGCAUUUGCUUUAACAUUAGGAUUCAUUAGAUAUUUCCAUAAUUUAGAUUUUUUCUUGCUUACAAUAGCUUAUAUUAUAAUUGUAAUAUCUGCUUUUCAAUGAUGACGUGAUAUUUCCCGAGAAGCUUCUUUUCAAGGAUUUCAUACAAAAUGAGUUUUAAAAGGUUUAAAAUUAGGAAUAAUUUUAUUUAUUUUAUCUGAAAUUUUCUUUUUCAUUUCNUUUUUUUGAUCAUUUUUUCAUAGAAGUCUUUCACCAAACAUUGAAAUUGGUAGUUUAUGACCUCCUAAAAAUAUUAACCCAUUUAAUCCUUUUGAAAUUCCUCUAUUAAACUCAACAAUUUUAAUUUCAUCAGGAAUUACUGUUACAUGAAGUCAUCAUGCUAUUAUAAAUAAAAAUUACAUUUCUGCUUUAAAUUCAUUAAAAAUUACAAUUUUAUUAGGAAUUUUAUUUACUAUAUUUCAAGUUUUUGAAUAUUUCCAAGCUCCAUUUUCUAUUUCUGAUAGAGUUUUUGGUUCUACAUUUUUUAUAACUACAGGAUUUCAUGGUUUUCAUGUAUUAAUUGGUUCAAUUUUUCUUAUUGUUUCUUAUUAUCGAACUAAAAACCAAUUAAUUUCAUCUAAUCAUUUNUUUGGAUUUGAAGCAUCAGCAUGAUAUUGACAUUUUGUAGAUGUUGUAUGAUUAUUUUUAUUUACAUUUAUAUAUUGAUGAGUUUAUU